CUUUAUCAUUCGAUUUCUACCUCCCGGUGUUUGUGAAACAUGAAGCGGGCAAUUGUGCUGAGUUUUUUGAUAGCCUUGUGCGUGGUGAAAGUCACCAGCCAACGGCCCAAAACGUUGCGUGUGAUCGAUGACCUCAGAAAUACCGAACCGUACCACAAAAGUUACCGGGAUUUUGUUCUUGAAGAACUCAACAAGGCCCGAUUGAGCGCAUCGGAUGUAACUUCGGAUUUUUACCAAAACAUGGCCAACGUGAAGGAAAGCUACGUCAAACUGGCGCUCGAUGGCGAAGAAUCACUCCUGGACGAUGUCGACCGAAACGUUGGCGAUUCAGCGUGUUUGGAUUUUAUCCGUAACAGCACCGAGCACAACAUGUACAUGGCCGGAAUAUACUUUACCAACUGCAUCGAUGAGCUGGACGUGAAGUUGAGUGCGGAAACCUCCAGCGUUUAUUUGGAAAUGCAACAGGAUGAACGAAGCUAUAUCAACAACAAACUGUUGGACGUGUUCCGGCGAGAGAAUAUGGUGCUGGAUCCGGAAACCAUAAGCAACAAGUUCGAAAAGAAACAGGAAAGCUUGAAAAGCCUUCCGACCGGAGUUGUUAGUAAGCUGGCCUCGAUCGUUAACCGUUAUCGGGAUCGACUCGUUUCGGUGCGAAAUUUAUACGAGCAGUGUUUGAUCAAUAAUAAAAAUUUGUUGGACCUUAUUUUCGAAAAUACUGGAAGACAGCUAGCAACAAUCUGUCGUCACAGGGUCGUUUAAAAACGUUGCAUGAUUUAACCUUCAAUAUUUUUUAAUCUGAAGAUUCAAUAAAUGAAUAGAUAAAUUCA